AUGCCAACCAAAAAGUGCAAGGAACAGGGCGUCCGAAAUUACUUGGAAAAGAAAUUUAUCAGGAUCUUCGAUUUUAGGAGUGAACUGAACACGGACGAGAAAAAACCAUCGAAGGUCAUCUACCAGUGCUCGCAUUGCCAGUUUCGCGAUCCAUCUUUCGACUUAGUGCGCGCCCACAUGCUCAAGGAGCACGAUGAAAGACCAUUAAACAAAGACAAACAGGAGCAUCCAUGCACCGUUUGCGAGCGCAAAUUUAGCUCUAAGACAAAGCUGGAGGAACACAUGCGCGACCACACUGGUGUGAGACCCUUCCUCUGCCCCACCUGUGGCAAAUCUUUCAAAACCAAAGAAUUGCUGAAAAACCACAUGAAGACGCACGAGGAGCGCGUCAAUUCGUUCACGUGCGAGGUGUGCGGGAAGCUUUUUCCCAUGAUUAGUCGCCUGAAGGCUCACAGGAACAUCCACUUUCCUGAGUCCCGCACGGAGAAGUGCGAUAUCUGUGACUUCAGUACCUACUGCAAAUCGAAACUGAAAAAUCACAUGCGGACGCACACCAGGGAGAAGACGGUGACCUGCCACGAGUGCGGAAAAAGUUUCGUCCAUGCUUCCGGUCUGCACGCUCACAAGCAGAAACACACACCCUUUUCAUACAAGUGCAACAUUUGCGGUAAGGCUUUCGGUCAAGCCUUCAACCUGCGGAUACACAUGGCAAUCCACACAGGCAAGAAGGAAUACGAAUGUGACAUUUGCCACAAUUUGUUCGCGCAGAAAAGCACCUUGAGUGAACACCAGUGGAAAAAGCACAACAAUCUGCCAAACAGAUGUGGCGAGUGCAAUGAGCAGUUUCAUCUGAAUCUCGAGCUGAAGCAGCACAGGAUCACCGUACAUCUUAAGAGACAGAUCAAUGCAAUCCCUGACAGGGUGCCUGUCCACUGCGAAGAAUGCGACAGGAGUUUCCUCCACGAGAGGAGCCUCAAGUUUCACAUGCUCAAGGCGCACAACAAGGUCAAAGGCGGUCGAAAAACUCAGAAGUCUCGCAAGCUCAUUUGUGACUUCUGCAACAAAGUCUAUUCGGCUCCCUAUCACCUGAGGAAUCACAUUAAAAAGCACCUGCAAGUGGAGAGGAAGAAGAAUUUGAUCAAAUUUUAAAAUGUUGUGCAUUCUGCCAUAACAAAUAAAAAACCGGUGUAAGAGUUAAAUUUCAAAUUUUUGCCCUAGUUACUGAUGAAUUUAGGGAUAUUCAUAGAUGAAGUCUACGUCUAUAAUUGUAGAGUUGCAAUUAAUUCAUGAAAAUUAGAUUAUAAUUACCUACAAUUGGAAGAUUAUUGGAUAUGCAGCAGAAGUCAGUUUUAAUGAAAUAAAUCUGAUGACGAUUCAUUAAAAAACUAAAUUCAAUUUUCAGGGUUAAUUGCACUUAAAACCAAAUGGUGAAUUUACGAUUAUAUAGCUCUCUAAUCAUAGCAAUUAAACUUUUAAAAGAAAAAAAAUCACUGUUUGUGAACAAAUAACUUUUCAAAUAUCAGUCUAAUGCAAAUUAACUUAUACCUAAAUUUGUGAUUACGUGAGGUGAGGCCUUAAUAAAUUAAAAAUUAAGUAUCGUAAAGCCUGAAAAAAUUAAAUUUAGUAACAGCCUUAAAUAAAAAGUUCAAACAUAUUUUUCCUCGCUCUCAAGCCAACCAUAAAGUGAUUUACAAAAAUAUUCAAUAGGCAAACUAAGCAUUUCCACACCUGUG